CUGUCAAACUUGUCAAUAGUGUCAAUAUCCAUGACCUGCGCAAAUUAAACGUCACCUCAAUUUUAACAAAAUAAAAAUAAUUACAAAAAAUCGUUGAUAACGUUAUCAAUGAUCCGGCUGAAAAACAGUCAUUCGUAACCAUGGCAUAGGUUAUGGUCAUGGCCACUCUGGACUACUCCGACGCGAAAGUCUUCGAAAACUACCGAAUGGUCCACAACUGCAACAAGUGCAAUUAUUUCACGAAAUCCCUCUUCGCAAUCAGAAACCACAUAAAGCGUCACCGGCUGGCCAAAUCCUCCAAGUUGUUCAACUGUGCUGAAAGCACCCCCGAGCCGUUCGCCUGUAAAGACUGCAACUUUUGCACCGACUUAACAAUAGAGCUCAACAGGCACAUACGAGACCACGCCCCGCCUAAGCCCAAAACCGACUUAACGACGCCAAAAACCAAAGAAAAAAAGUAUGUAGUUGAAGGCAAUGAAUUACUCAAGUGCACCGAGUGCCCGUUCACCACCCGUCGCCCCUACAACCUCCAGAAACACGUGAAAUUCAAACAUUCCACGAGUGAGAAAUUGUACACUUGUAAUGAGUGUUCGUUCACGACAAACCGCAGUUUUAAUUUGAAAACGCACAUCAAGUUUAAGCACACGGCGGAGGAAAAAGUCCAGUGGUUCCAGUGCAGUGUGUGCUCUUAUAAAGCUAAAUCAAAGAGUAUUCUUAAAAGACACAUGAUUCGGAUUCAUACGCCGGAAAAUAUUAAGUGGUUUGAAUGUAAAGAGUGUGCGUAUAAAGCUAAAGUUGUGAGUGAUUUGAACACUCACGUUAAGUAUCAUCACACUGAGAAAAAACACGAGAAACCGGUUAAAUGCGAGUUGUGUUCGUAUACAACUAAACAUAAUAAGAAUUUGAAGGUGCAUAUGUUGAUGAGACAUACGGCUGCUGAGGAUAUUAAUUGGUUUUAUUGCACGAGGUGUUCGUAUAAGGCGAAGAGGAAGGGCUCGUUGAAAGUUCACAUGAAGAAGAUGCAUGAAGAUGAUGGAGGUGAAUGGGUGUGUGAAUUGUGUCCAUACAAAACUACUGAAAAAAUUACGCUGAAAAUGCACAUGUUGAAUAAACAUACGUCGUUUGAUAGUAGUAAGUUGUUUGAACAAGUGUAGUAGGUAGGGACAAUAGAUUGGUAGGGAAAGGGCGUACUAGAAAGCCAAAUAAAGUCUUGUUGAAUCUAUGUUUUAUAAAUUAAAAUUUAUAUAUUCUGCUAGUUUAGAAUAAAGUUUUAUACAGUU